CGCCAUCACCCAUUGCCUCCCUCCUGUCUCCGUCAACAUGGCCAGCAUGAACGAGCCUGCUCCAACCACGGAGUCAUCUCCAGCUCAGCAAACCCAAGCUGAAGCCAGAACAGCCUCGUCGAUGCCCGAUAUCACCCGGCUCUCACUCAACCAUGGCCCAGACAUCUUCACCAUCAUCUGUUGCAACGACAGCUUCCAACUCGCUCUUGAUCACAGCACAAUCAAGGCCCUCCUCCGAGCGUGCAAGCGUGCCCAGCCCCUCCUGAGCUCCAAAGUAGCUCGCUUCAACAACUGGUGCCAGAAUGCAGGACUGUGCAAUCCAGAUGGACAGUUGCAGAUCGGCCUCACACCGAGCGACACGAUCGCCCUCUCCCUGCACUGCGAUGAUCAAGGCUCAAGCAACCGAUUCUGGCUCGUUGCUCAAGCCGACCAGGGCGAUGCUGCGGCCUCGUAUCUCCUGGCAAGGAUCCUCCAAGUUGAACUCCGUGGUCAGCAGUUGGUGGACCCUUCCGAGAGAGUAGCUCAACAGCAGCAAAUCUUCCACCUCAUGGAAAAAGCGGCCAAUGCACAUCACAGUAUUGCUCAGUUUCACUUGGCUGGCUGCUAUCACGACGGCACGGGUGUCGACCAAGACCACACCAAGUCCGCCGAGCUAUAUCGCAAUCUUGCUGAACGGGGGAUCCCUAAGGCCCAAAUUGUCUUUGGCGGUUGCUACGAGAUUGGCGAAGGUGUCGAUCAAGACUUCGAUACAGCCAUCGAGUGGUAUUCCAAGGCUGUCGACCAGGGCAGUGACGACGGUCGACUCCACAUCGAGUUCCUCCGUGGAUGGCGCUCAUUUCUGGGUCACGGUGUCGAACAGAGCGACAGAGCUGCCCUUGCUCACUGGCAGGAGGUCAGUUCCCAGUCCACCAACUCGGUUCUCAAACCCAUCGCCACCCACAUGGUCGGAUGGAUGUACUACCUCGGCCGGGGUACCGUGCAGGACGAACAGAAGGGUAUCAAGAUUAUCCGUGAUAACAAAUCGGAUCAGUUCAAGCUUGGGGAGGCCGAAUGUCUAGAGUCGGUUUGGAAAGUCGUCAAUAAUGCCUCACCUGUUGCCCACAAGUACUUCGAGCUGUGCCAGCUGGGAUCGGACCGUGAAUGGCUCUGCAGACAUCUCAUGGCUGUGUGUGUGUUCCAUGGAUUCGGGACCCCUCAGGACUGGAAGAAGGCGGCCAAUAUCUUUGAGCAACUCGCCAACGAAGGCCACAGUGACAGCCAGAACUGGAUCGGAGAGUGCUACUUGUGUGGCUGGGGAGUAUCAGAGGACUACAAGAAGGCAUUCGAGUGGUACAGUAAGUCGGCCGACCAAGGCAACUCGUACGGGCAGUUCAUGGUCGGUUUUUGCUACUUCGAUGGAUAUGGAGUCACCCAGGACUACGCCAAGGCAGUUGAGUGGUAUUGCAAGUCAGCCGAACAAGGCAAUCGAUACGGACAACAUUGGCUCGGUUUCUGCUACAAGAAUGGACAUGGUGUCCCCGAAGACAUUGACACCGCCGUCUUCUGGUAUCGCAAGUCUGCCGACCAGGAUUGCCAAGCUGCCAUCAAUAGUCUCAAGGAACUCGGCAAGUGGCCCUGAUUCCCGAGUCCCUCCGAGCUCCACUCCCAAACAACCAAGCCGCAACACUGAACUUGCAAGUAGCCAAGCAACCUCGCCGCCAACACCCGCCCCAAACACCAUGGUACCGAACCCUGGAUUAGUACAUUCAAUAUACAAUAGUGCUGUCCCAUAAGAAUCGUUGAUGUUGAUCCACCGAGAGAACAUCCGAUGACUCGACAGCGACAACUCUACACUACAAUCGAUACUCGUUCUGCAACCAUAGUUGACAGCGUGCCCUGAUCAGCAUCGAUGGACCGAC